AAAAAAGAUGAAUGCUCUGGAUUUGUCGUCGGGAAUGUUUACAUUCUUAGAUCAGACCACCUGUAGCCCCGCCCACACAACCAAUACACCAGUCGCGAGGAUAUGAGGUAUUUUGUGACCCUGGAGAAGAAGACCGCUGACGAGACAAAAGGGACACGAUGAGUCAGCGCUCGGAGCGACGGGGGAUCCAUGUAGACCAAUCAGAAUUGCUGUGUAAGAAAGGCUGCGGUUAUUAUGGCAAUGCUGCAUGGCAGGGCCUAUGCUCCAAGUGCUGGAGGGAGGAGUACCAGAAAUCUCGGCAAAGACAGAUCCAGGAGGACUGGGCUCUGGCUGAGAAGCUGCAGCGAGAAGAGGAGGCUGCUUAUGUCAGCAGUCACAGUUCCCCUCAGACCCAGCCUCCACAGUCCAACUCUCUUGCCACCUUCUCCAAGUUUGAAGAGAAGAAAACCAAUGAGAAGACCCGUAAGGUCACCACCGUUAAGAAGUUCUUCAGACCCUCUUCCCGCACAACCCCUAAAAAAGAGAGCCAUGAGGGUAAAGCGCCCAGUCCCUCCAUUAGCCGUCAGUCCAGCAUCGAGACUGAUCGCGUGGCACGAGACUUUGUGGAGUUCCUCAAGACCAUACACAAGCCGGGCAGAGAGAUCCACAAGCAGAGCCGUGGUUUCAUAGAGAGUAUGGGGAAUAAAAAGGAUCUCAGUGCUGAAGAGCUGUCUGAGUGUGUGCAGGACUUCUAUCAGGGCAUGUCUGACCGACUCUUGAAUCAUUAUAAAGGCUCCUCUGAGAAAGUGGAUAGGGUAAUGGACCAAGUGGAAAAAUACAUCAUGACUCGACUCUACCAGAGUGUCUUCUGUCCAGAGACCUCAGAUGAUGAGAAAAAAGACCUGGCCACCCAGCGCAGGAUUCGGGCCUUACACUGGGUAACCAUUCAGAUGUUGUGUGUUCCUGUGGAUGAGGAUAUCCCUGAGGUCUCUGAUAGUGUAGUCGAAGCCAUCACCGAUAUCAUUGAGAUGGACUCCAAGCGUGUGCCCAGGGAUAAAUUGGCCUGCAUCACCAGUUGCAGCAAGAAUAUCUUUAACUCCAUCAAAGUCACCAAGAAUGAACCAGCCUCUGCAGAUGACUUCCUACCCACUCUCAUUUAUAUUGUGUUGAAGGCGAACCCGCCACGGCUGCAGUCCAACAUCCAGUACAUCACACGUUUCUGCAACCCUUCAAGACUCAUGACGGGAGAGGACGGAUACUACUUCACCAACCUGUGCUGUGCCGUUGCCUUCAUAGAGAAGCUGGAUGCUCAGUCGUUGAAUCUCACCCCUGAAGACUUUGAGCGUUACAUGUCUGGUCAGGUUUCCCCCCGACAACAAGAAGAUCCUGCACCCUGGCCCCAGAGUGGUUCCUGUGUCAACCCAGCACUUAGCCAGAUCCAACAUAACCUCAAGCUCCUAUCCAACCUCGAGAAAAGACAGCAGCAGGUCACCGAGGGGGCGCAGAAUCUGCAGGCCGAACUGGCAGAAUGGCAGGACAGCGUGGCCCGCGAGGUGCAGGACAUCCUGGAGCGAUACCCACUGGAGAUCAAACCACGAGCAUCUGCGAUCGAUGCGGAGAAUGUGGAGAACGACAGGCUGCCACCACCCCUUCAGCCACAAGUGUUUGCGGGUUAGCAUAGUGUAAUGUCCUUUGGAUUGAAUAAGCCAGCAACAUGGUCGUACCAGACGGGUAAAGCAUUUUUAAAUGCAUUGGCUGCUCUUGUUAAAGUUCUUCACUCCUUCACUGAUUUGGGCUGUUACCAUUUCAUUUGUCUUUUAAAUUUGCUUUCAGUCCCCCGUCAUAUCUUUUCUGAAAACAUAUUAUUUUGUGACUACAUUUAUGCAGCUGAUUCAUAAUGGACGAGGCUUAUUUGUGAAGCUAAAUAAGCUUUUCUAACCUGACUUUGGAAGAUCUGUCAGCAAUUUGAUCUACUUUAAUACAAGUUGUUUUAAAUUACUGAAUCAAAUAGCUGCUAAUACGUCCUCUUAAUAUGAUUGCAGUUUUUUUGUGAUCAUAUACCACAUAUCAGCAUUUCUCUUGUAGAUAAGUCAUGUACACUGUUGGGUGUUUCACCCCAUGCCUUGAUGUGCAUUUCUCCUGAAUGAAUGCCUUUUUAUGGAUGUAUAAAAUGUUUUGUUGCUCAUACUAUAUACUUUGGAAGUUUAAAGUUGAACCCCAUGCAGAUUUUUUAGUUUUUAAAGGAAUUUUGGCGUAUUUUGGUACAUUUCAUUAUUAAAUGCUUGAUCACGUAAUUGAUCGGAUGUACUGUUCUGCAGAUGAUUCAGCAAUAAACACUAUUUACAUAGGAAUAUUUUUAUUUACAAAUGAAAAUAUAGGUAUAAAGCUGUGCAUUUGCUCACCGGAAUGUAUUCAAUUAUGUUAAGGUGACAUGACUGCAGGUUGCUUUAACUCCCAAGAUCAGAAUAACAUUAAACAUGUUUUGCGUUUGAUGAUGUCAGCAUUAUCCAAACCCAAUUUAAAUGCAAGUUUUAAUUUUAAUACUGCCCCAGCUGUAACUAUUACAGGUACUUUGCAAAACACUAUAUUCAUGUGGGGAAUUUUUUUUUUUUAAUUUACAGUAAUGAUGAUGAUUUAUGACUGUGUGUGAUAUUUUGUCUGAACUGUUUUAUGUAUGAUGUAAAUAUAAGUUGAGGUGUGUUAA